GAGAUCUUAUCUCUAAAAAACCCAUGGCAAGAAAGGGCUGGCUCACGCAGUAAGAGCGCCUGCCUUGCAAUCUAGGUGAGUAGGCUCCACCCUUUUUCAGGAUAAAAACUGCUAAACCCCAGCCCCUUGGGGGUGAGACUGCCAGCAGCAGCCUCCCCUUUAUGUCUCCAAGUCAGAGCUGGGAAGUCCGGGAUGGCCUGGGGGUGGAGGUCAGUUUGGGGAGAAACCCAGGCAAUUUAUGGGGCAGAAAGGGGAGGACAGGCUUGGAUUUCUAGUCUCCUUAGAGGAUGUGCAAGGGGUCACUGCCUUUCUGGAAUUCCCCUAAAUCCCUCCUGGAGGGAUCUGAGGAAGUGCUGGUGCUCCUAAUCCAGGACUAACUGGGUCAGGGUCUGACCUGGGUCCUGGUCCCCAAGAGUGGGAACCAGAGCUCAGGCCCGGGUCUCACAGGAAUUCGUGAUGAUUGUGGUCUUUGGCCUGGAGUACAUUAUCCGUGUCUGGUCUGCUGGCUGCUGCUGCCGCUACCGAGGAUGGCAAGGCCGCUUCCGCUUCGCCAGGAAACCCUUCUGUGUCAUCGACUUCAUCGUGUUCGUGGCCUCGGUGGCCGUCAUCGCCGCGGGCACACAAGGCAACAUCUUUGCCACGUCUGCGUUGCGCAGCAUGCGCUUCCUGCAGAUUCUGCGGAUGGUGCGCAUGGACCGCCGCGGCGGCACCUGGAAGCUGCUGGGCUCGGUGGUCUACGCGCACAGCAAGGAGCUGAUCACCGCCUGGUACAUCGGGUUCCUGGUGCUCAUCUUCGCUUCCUUCCUCGUCUAUCUGGCUGAGAAGGACGCCAACUCGGAUUUCUCCUCCUAUGCCGACUCGCUGUGGUGGGGGACGAUUACACUGACAACCAUCGGCUACGGUGACAAAACGCCACAUACAUGGCUGGGCAGGGUCCUGGCUGCUGGCUUCGCCUUACUGGGCAUCUCCUUCUUUGCCCUGCCUGCUGGCAUCCUUGGCUCUGGCUUCGCCCUGAAGGUACAAGAGCAGCACCGGCAGAAGCACUUUGAGAAGCGGAGGAUGCCAGCAGCCAACCUCAUCCAGGCCGCAUGGCGCCUAUACUCCACUGAUUCAAGCCGGGCCUACUUGACAGCCACUUGGUACUACUAUGACAGCAUCCUCCCAUCCUUCAGGUACAGACUGAGGGCCUCUCUGAAGAGGCCAGGCUGGACUCAUCUUUUUUAUCACCUGCGACUCCAAGGGUCUGAGAGGGAGAGAAGAUAUCCGUACCAUCCUUUCCUGUCACCUCCUCCAUUCAUGCCAUUGUCCUCUUCUUUCUCUGUUUCCUCGUCUCCCUCACUCUUCCAUCCUUGCACCCCCAUCCCUCCCGGGAAGCUGGAGAGAGGAGGAGGCCGCUGGCCCCAGGUGCUUACGGCUCAGGUAAUCGCGGGCACCAUUCUGGGGUGUGAGGGCAGGGAACCCCUUCCCCCAGCAUGUCACUCUAGGAGGGCUUGACACUGAACUCCCCUCUUGGGAACCAGAUGUCAGCUGGGAAAAGAGCUCUGUGGCUAAGACUGCUGUAGGACCUACGUAAACUCAGCCAGCAAAUAAUGCCUUGUCUAUGCAACCUUGUCUGCAGCUUUGCUAGUGCACAGGGUCCUCCUGGGAUUCUCUUCUUCCUUACUGAGGUACUCUUUGCUACCUGCAGCCAUCUCUUUCCCCUUGACCUGUCUCUCUGGAGCUUUUGCAUCCUGAAAGAAGAACCAAGAAAGAGCAUGCUUAUUCUAUGCAAAUGUUCAUUAAUAGAGGAAUUCCAGGCAUAUUGGGGUAAGGGAAACCACUAAUAGCAUGGGAAAAAGUGGCUGCUUCUUUAGGGGCUUAGUUUGAGGUCAAGGGUUCAAUCCCCCUCAUGCCUCCAGCAUCCUUCACCUACCUUGUUGCUUUGCCUCAUCAUCACACAUUGUCCCUGAGCCAGCUAGGAGGACAUCUGGGCCUUGAGCCUUCCAUGUAAUUCUGGGCCCCAGGCCUAGAACAAGGCAUCAGGGAAGAGGUGAGCCCCUCAGCGCCCAGAAGAAGGUAUGGUAGAAGCUUGUCUCUGUCACUGGAUGCUGUUUGUCCUUGAGAAAGUCAUCAAGUCACUCUGCCCCUAGCAGAAAAUCAGUGAUAUUUAGGCUGAUCAGGAGCUUUGGAUUCUCUGAGUUCCUGGGCUGAAAAGGUCUGGAGAACGGGAUGAUGAGUGUUUUGGUGUAAAGAAUGUGGGGAGCAGCGUCCCUUCCCUGUCCUCAUUGAGGACACUCUGGGCCAGGGCUGAACAGGAGGUGGGUGAAGAGGGAGAACCCCUCCAGGGCUGGAGCUCGAGGGAGAUUGGAAGCUCCCUGGAAGAGAAGGCUAUCAUGUGGCCUCACUUGGAUUCCCCAGCCCUGCCUGAAGGCCCUUCAGUGUUCUCCCCAUCCCUGCCAAACUCUGAUGUAUAGGUAGAAACUUAAAAGGUUUAGUGUUCCAGCUACCUUGUGCAGGACCCUGCACCAGUUCACCCUGGUCUCCCACACUGACUAGGAAGGCACAGGUUCCAGGUUCCAGGCUCACUUCCAGUCCCCGAGUCCCUGAGCUCCCUGAGCCUAGGAACAGAUUACUGCUGAGGGCUUGGCCGCCACAAACUCUACCUCUGCCCAUCUGUCCUGGAGUGUCUGCAUGUCUGGGACUUGUGGUGACGGUGGUCAAGUGUCCCUUUUUCCAAGGGACCCCAGGGGGCUGAGAUGGGAAUUCUAGAUUUGUCACUAGGCUAAGACAAGUAGCAGUCUCUUUAAUUUUGACUUCCUGGGCCCUGUGGGUGGGUACUCCUACCAGGACAUUCCCCAAACACACCCACACAUACCCACACACACACACCCACACACAGCCCAUAUGGUUGACCACAUUCCCAGUGGUGCUUGGGGAUGGGCCACACCGAGCAUGUUCCCAGGAAGUCAAGCUCCAAGGAGCAGGAAUUUCCUGGGUACUGGAGGCCAGCAUCUCCUCUCUUAGGGUUUUGUGAUGAAUUUCUCAAAGCACAGUCUCCUGAUUGCCUGCAUCAGCAUCCCAUGGGGUGUGUGUUCAGAAUGCAAACACCUGGAUCUCUCUCCAGGCUCUCAGAGUCUGACUCUGGAGAAGAGGCCCGGAGUUCUGCAGUUCAACAUGCUCUCAGGAGAUCCUUAUGCAAAGCUCGAGAGCUUCUGUGUUCUGGGGAUGGGGCUAGAGGGUGACUUGGGUGGGGAUCUUUUUCUCCUACCAGCCACAGAAGGCUGGUCCCAUCCUGGCAGCUCCCUAUGCUCUACCCACCUGCCCCUUUGUCACUAACCUCUGUUUGUGUCUUGUUCUCAACUUUCCAGCCAGAUGUUUAGUAAUAAACGGAGUUUCUUUCGGAUCCACGCCAGCUGGAGACCGAGGUACCCCCUCGCCUGCUCCUCCUGUCCUCACUCCUCCUUGCCCCCUCACUUCUGGGGCUGGAGAGGGGGACAGGAUGAGCCAAGGACAAGGUGCAUGUGCCUGCCGCCUGCUGUCUGCCUUGGAUCUAAUGAGCCUCUUGCCUACCUGGGGAUGCCUUUGCCAAGUCUGGGGCAUGGACCCAGUGUGCCAGAAGAGACACUUGCAGGAACCUUGGGAUGCGUACUAGUUCUGCCACAGAACCCAUGUGUGAUCUUGGCCAAAUUGCUUCCCUUCUCUGGACCUCAGUUUCCCAUCUGUGGAAUGGGCAGAUUGAACUAGAGGCUAUCUGAGGGUCCUUCUCACUCUGACUUGUGCCUGAUCUUGGGGUUUUUCUGUCUCCCCUCUUCCCACUUGGAUACCCCACAGAUGCCUAAAGGGGCUGGAGCUGGCCCUUCCUUCACUGAUUCUAGAGCCCCAGCUCUUUUAGCUGUAUCACCACUACAUUUGUGGUACCUGCCCUGUGCCAGGCCUUGCUCUGUGCACUGGGGACAUGAUGAUGAAUAAAACAUUGUCCCCAAAGAGUUGCAAAGAGUAAUUGCAGUUCCAUGGGAUGAGCUCAAUGAAAGGAGGAAGCAGAGGGGCUGUGGAGCCUGGGUUGGGCACUUAACCCAGAGGCAGCCCUGGAAGCAGCAGCUGUUAGGGAGGACUCCCAGGCAGAGGGAGCAGCACAGACCAGGCAAAGAGGCAAGAAAACACAGCCAUGGGAGACAAGCCCAUAGCCCAUUGGAGCCAUAUUUGAGAAUGUGAUGUCAGAGUUGAGGGUGAGGGCAGGGCCGGGUCAUGGAGAACUCAUAGUCCAGUGUGAACUUCAUCCUCUUUGCCUUUCCCAAAGGCCUGGGUUUAUGGAACCCUGGGUUCCCCCAGGUGCCUCUGGAGCCCUGAAGUUGGAGAUGAGGGAUAGAGCCCCUCUAUAUGCCCAAAGCAGCCUUCCUUAGAAAUGUGGGCUUGUACCACUAUCUAGUCACUACUCAAUAGUCAUGUUUCUUUGGGCAGGUCCCACAGGGCAGUCAGAGGUCAGAGGGCAGCCUAUGCCAGAGCUUUCCCUCCUCCCAGGACAGCUGCAGCCAAGCCCAUACCAUCCUUCUAGGCACCAACAGCUCCAUAGCCCACAGUUUCUUGACCUUGACACCAUGGGAAUUUUGAAUGAGAUAGUUCUGUUACUUGGGGCUAUCAGUGCCUCAUGGGAUGUUUAGCAGCAUUCCUGGCAAAUACCCACUAGAUGCCAGGAGCACACCCCACAGGGUAACCUCCAUCCAAUGUCUCCUGGCGUUGGCAGGUGUCUCUUGAUAGGCAAGAUCACUCCCAGUUGAGGACUACUGCCCUAGUCUCCACCCUGACCACUUGUCCCUGAAAAAGAACACAGUCUCUGAAAUCAGAGAAAUGUCCAGGCCUUUUUGUGUCCCAUGGAAGCUCUGUGACCUCAGGCAAAUUGUUUCCCCUCUUUCCAUAUCUGUAAAAUAGGGAUGGCUGAUUUGGAGUCCCCUAUAUAAAGUGGUUCAGAGGACUGAAAGUGCCAUGGCCGAUAGGCAGGAUUGGUGUGCUCCAAAGAACCUGGGAAGGGAGAGAGCUUUUUGGUGCCUACUGUG